UCCCUCGGACACAGCGGAUUACCGAUCUAUGGAAAGAGCCGAAGAUGUCGGCUCGGUCAUGUGAUCAGUUAUGUUCAAUCACUGCUGAUCACAUGGGACAUCUACACAGAUCAUCAGAUCACUGAUGAUCAGUGUGCUCUGAUGAUCUGUGUAGCCCCAGCAGCGCCACCUGUCAGUGUCCACCAGUGCCAGCUCUGUGCUCAUCCAUGCCACUUGCCAGUGCCACAUUUCAGUGCCCAUCUGAGAUGCCUUUCAAUGUCACCCAUCAGUGCCAGUCAGUGCCAUAUAUAUGAAUGCUGCCUUUCAGUGCCCAUCAGUGAUGCCUGUCAAUGCCCAUCAGUGCCACCUACCAGUGCCUCCUCAUCAGGG